AUGCAGCUUCGAGAUUCAGCUUGGACCGUUUGCUCUUGGGUGCAUUCAAUUUCGACUAUACUAAAUAUCAAGAAAAUCCCAAAUCCACCCUCUCCUACGGUUUCCUGGCUACUUGCCCAUCGUGAACCGAGACAAGCGCAAGCACGCGGGCGCGCACCACUCGCUUCUUUAUACCGCAUGUACGAAUACUUCGUUACUGGCCACUACCUUGGCCUUAGAACCGAAAUCGAGUUCUUUUUCAACAGGUCCGACUGGCGAGUGUCCGAUAUACCAGACCCUGCCGAUCCGGAUCCAGAACGAUAUGCACUUCUCGCCGUUAUGCCAACUUGUAUGGUGCGAGCCUUCAACCGAUUGAUCGAGAGGGGUCUACCUCGAAAUGCACCUGCUAUCAUUAUGGGAAGCGACGAGCUCGAUGAGUUGCAGUCACGCCCACGAGUGCUCGAAACGAUACCAGCAUGGUGUGCUAAAGUUCCCAGGCUGAACACAACACUCGUCAUUCCCGGCAAAGAUGGUGAAGUUCCUACUAGCGACGUUGCCAGCUCUGAGUUCCUAGAAAAAAACAUUCUUGCCUGGGACCCUCCCGUUUACUUCGUUUGA